GCAAACAUCAUGAGUGCCACCGCCGGAUUAUCGCAGCAAUUCUGCGUUCGUUGGAACAGCCAUCUGGGCAGCCUGGGAGCAGCCUUUCCACAGCUAUUAGCCGGCCAAAGGUUCGUCGAUGUUACGCUCGCGUGCGAAGGUCACCAGGUGCAUUGUCACCGGCUGGUGCUGGCCGCCUGCUCUACGUACUUUGAAAAUUUGCUCGGCGAAAAUCCAUGCAAGCAUCCAAUCAUCAUCCUACCGCGCGACAUUAAGCUAUGGGCAAUACAAGCGCUGGUGGACUUUAUGUACAAAGGAGAAGUGAAUGUAUCUCAGGCCGGACUACCAGAUCUGAUGAAAUGUGCCGAAAUUUUAAAAAUACGCGGUCUGUGUGGUUCGGAUGCAGCGUUAAAUCUGAACCAACUGCAUAGCCCAACGGGUGGCGGCAACUACGCACAGCAGCGACAUCACAGUGCCAGUAGUGAUGCAGGUGAUCACCCGGCGGACAAUACAAAUCGUACAGCGGAUGGGUCUUCGUUUCCGACAAGACAUGGCGGCGGUAACCAAUUCCAAAAUUCAAGAUCACAGAAUAGCAGCGCACCUAGUGGACCAAAGAGACAGCUUUUGAACAGCCUGAACCUGCAGCCUAUUGAUGCGGGAAGUCACCAACAUCAGACUGAUGAUGGAAGUCAUAGUGAUAAUGGGGAAAGUGGCAAUGAAAUGUGUAUCAAAACGGAAGAUCUAAUCAUUGACGACGAUGACACAAGCAGUAGACAGUGUGGAGAUGAUGACUUGGGAAUGGAUAGUACUGACAAAGCUGCCUCGGACGCGAUUCGCUGCGAGCGAUUCCUCGGCGUUCAUGCAAUGGAUGCAGAGGAUCGAGUGAACGAUCAUCGGGUUGCCAGUGAUUCGAGGCGGGACCGAAUGGAGGAAGAGAUGGAGGAGGGAGAAACAAUGAUCGGUGAUCGAAAAAUGACAAUGAUGAUGAUGAUGAUGGAAAAGUCAGACCAAUCCGGAAAUCAUACCGAUCGCCAAGGUUUCGUUCAGGACGAUUGUGACAAUUUCGCCCACGAAAACGAAGGCCAAGACAAUGAUGAUGAUGAUGAGGAUGAUGAUGUUGACAAUGAGCUGAUGGAGUUGGGAGAAGAGACAGAAGACAUGCUGGUCAAAGAGAAAGAUGCGAAGGGACAGGAAAUGCGAAGAAAGGCAAAGAAAGUUAGAUCCACCGUGCAUCAUUCCACUAAAAGCAACGAUCUAGUAGCAACCCACGAGAAAAGUUCCUCCAUUCGCACCCUUUCUGCAACCUCCGUUACUGCAUUGUCCUGCAGCAAUAGUGCCAAUAAAACUGCAGAAUCGAAUACAGUGACCGUUGAAAUGGGCGAAGAAGGUACACUGCGAGCGAAUGGAACGACACGCUCGGUCGGUACCGUACCCUCACUUUCUUCCAUAAGCACCAUGCGGCCCACCGGUGGUGGUUCUUCACGAGGUUCAAUACGCGUAAAAUCGAUUGAGAAUCUGUUUGAAAAUUAUCAAACGAAACACCAAACAUCACCAAAGUCUUCCCGUGACGCGAAGCGCAAAAACGUACCGCAGUCGUCGGUGCUUGUGCUUGGCUGUAGCGGCGGUGCCAGUGUCAGUGAGAACGAUAGUGCCAGUGAUCAUGCUUCCUCGCUGCUGUACAAUCGCAACGAGAUGGAUAUUUACGUGAAACAGCAGCAACAGCAAAAGAUUUCAAAAGCGACUGAACGCCAUUCGUCUAAUGUAGAAUGCGGUGGUGCCGGUGAUGAAACGACGAAUGCUUCCGCAACGAGCGACGGUGACGGGUAUGAAAAUAUAAUCUGUUCUCCCAACUUUCCUCAGCUGAGCGAAGUUGUCGGAGGGUAUAAGGCGGAAGAGGACGAUGAAGAGGAAGAGUAUGGAGACGAGUACGCCAUACAGCUGCUGGCAGAAGAGAUCGACAGUAGUAUGCUGGCGAAUGGAGGCGAAAGUGAAGGUGACGAAUUUCUGUACAAACCACCGCCCCUAAUGGCGAUCGCCGGUGGUGCCAAAGGAUCCCACUCCGGUAACAGUUGUGCCAAUAGUAAAUCUUCCACCCUGCGUACGUACGGUAGAAUGGGAACGAUGGGCGGUGCGGCUGGAACUACCUCGACAUUAACGAUCCGCAAACUAGAGCGGGACUCUCGGACGAAUCUGAACGUGUCGCAGGCCCGCAACGUGAAUCGCCGUUCCAAGCUGACGGGCCGUUCGAAGGAAGCUUUGCAUCAGCUGCUAAACACGAACGGUGCUCCACCACCAAUCGCUUUUACGUUGCGUAAUCCGCGAGGGAAUCAACCGCGCACCUACAAUACCGAAGCACUGUGGGCAGCACUUAUGGACGUGAAGGCAGGAGAAAGUAUCUACCGCGCAUCACAAAUGCACAAAGUUCCUCGAAAGACGCUACGGAAUUGGAUGAAGCGCUGGGACAUAAAGUCCGCCUACCCGAUGCCCAGACAGCUUAAAGAAGCGGCCGAAAAGAAGCGCAUCAUCAAAGAACUGACCAGCCAAAUACAAUAGCAGGAGCAGCAACGGAUGCAGCAGCUGCAACUAGGGAUUCCACCCCAGCUGCAACCAAUGCAACGACCACUGUUAUGCCAAACGGACGUUAACGGGUUGACACAGUCCGGCUUCC